AUGUUUCAAAAAAAUGUAGAAACUGAACUUUCUUUAUUACAUGAAACUAUAAGUGAUUUACCAUCUAGGAAUAAUCUUACGAAGAAGGAAAAAAGGGCACUUAAUAUUUUGAAAAAUGACCAUGAUAUAGUUAUUCGAAAAGCAGACAAGGGAGGCCAAAUUGUUAUACUUAAUAAAUCAGACUAUGUAUUUGAGGCCCAUAGACAACUUUCAGACAGAGAAACAUACUUACCUCUUGAAAAAAGUCCCUUGAAUUUAUAUGCUUCAGAGCUUGAUGCUUUGCUACAAGAGGCAUUAAGCUUUAACAUCAUAGAUGAUAAACUUAUCGCCUUUAUUAAAAAUGACACACCAAAAUCAGCCAUUUUUCACCAUUUGCCUAAAAUCCAUAAAAAAGAGAGACCACCAGUAGGACGCCCUAUUAUAGCAGGUAUUGGUUCACUUGGCGAAAACUUGUGCGAAUUUAUAGAUCAUUUUCUACAGCCCCUAGUUCUAAGACUUCCCAGUUAUCUUAGAGAUAGUGGUCACCUAUUACAUUCUCUUAAUAACUAUCAAUGGAAUUUACCUAAUCUAAAAUGGGCCUCAAUUGAUGUCGCUUCCUUAUAUUCAUGUAUUCCUCAUGACCUGGGCCUACAGGCCAUUGAAUUUCAUUUAAACCAAUACAGCACUUAUGACUCUAACUUCAUCACUUUUUUACUACGAUCUAUAUAUUUUCUCCUCACACAUAAUUUUUUCUAUUUUGAUAAAAAGAAGACAAGUCGAUGUAAGCAAGCCCACAAACGUCUCACACUACCGGAGGCUUGCUUGAGGAUGGGAACAGGAAGCACGGAAGUGGAGAGAGGCCGGAGAGCCAAACGAGGUACAACAGGAUUAGGCGAGAGAAUAGUCAGACAGAUCCAGGUCGAGGCAGGCAGAACAGGCUCAGAAGCGAAGGUCAGGCAAGGUUCAAAAACAAAGAAGCAGGAUCAGGAUAAACGCCAGGCACAAGAGUAA